AUGUCGCGAUACUUUCCGCACGCGCCCUACGCAGAGGACCAGCCCCUCGCGCGCACCAUCCUCACCACGCACGUCGCCACCCGCGCCGUCACCAUGGGCACCCUCAUCGGCGUCGGUAUCACCGGCGCCCGCACCGUCAUCCCCGCGCUGCGUCCCAAGACGGCGCUUCCCCAAGCCUUUGCGGCGCGUCUUUUGCGGUCCUGCGCGAGCAGCAUCGUCGUCACGCUCGGCGUCACGGGGCUCGCGCUCGUCGGCCGCAUGUGGGGCCGGGAGGCCAUCGAGCGGCAGGACCGCAGCUGGCGGCUGAUGGAGAACCGGGGCCAGCUGGAGACGGACGACUGGACGUACGGCGGGAUGGGCGCGGCGACGGCGGCGGCGCUGCUGGUGAUGGCGAGGGCCGGCGGCGAGGCAAAGAAGCCGGCGGUGGCGGUGGUGGGCUGGAGGGGCGUGGUCGGGGCGGCGGGGCUGGGGAGCGUCGGUGGGAUGAUGGGCUAUUUGGGCUGGAGAUAUGCGGUGAAUGGAGGAAAGUUCUCGGGGACGCUGGCGAAGAAGGAGGAGAGGACGGGGUUGUAG